GUGCUGGUUCCUUCAAGCUGAGUAGCAGUUGUGGCGUCUCACAUGGCUGGUUCAGUUAUGGAUCUCAUCAAGGUUGAAGUGUGGAGGUGGAUGCUGCUAGCCUCUCUCCUCAGCAUGUGUGUCAGCCAGGAAGCUCCAACGCCGGCUUACAUGGUGGCCAUCCCUGCCAUCCUCCCAGCAGGCUCUGAGGCUAAGCUGUGCACCAGUCUCCUGCAGCCCAAUGAGACUCUGGUCAUGACCAUCUCCCUGCAGUCUCAGGGAGAGAACCUCAAGCUCUUCCAGGAGACUUCGGACAAGGAGUUCCACCGCUGCUUUCAGUUCCAGGUUCCUCAAGUGCAGAAAGACAUGGUUCAGAAUAUCAAAGUGGAGGUUCGAGGUGACACCUUUUCCUCAACAGAGCUACGCAAAGUCAUGAUUAGACCUUCCAGUUCCAUGACAUUUGUCCAGACGGAUAAACCGAUUUACAAGCCAGGACAGAAAGUUCAUUUCAGAGUUGUCAGCCUGGACACCAGCUUCAGACCUGCCAACCAACUGUAUGACAUUGUAGAGCUGCAGGAUGUGAAUAGCAACAGGAUUGGACAGUGGGUCAACACCACAUCCAAUGGCAAAAUACUGCAGCUUUCUCACCCCUUGAGCUCUGAGGCGCCCAAAGGAAGUUACUCCAUCGUUGUGUCUACUGGUGAAAAUAAAGUCUAUCAUAGCUUCAAAGUAGAGCAUUAUGUUUUGCCAAAGUUCGACAUUAAACUAACGAUGGAAGAGGAGGUCAGCAUUGUUCAAGAAGAAUUCAAAGUUAAACUAUGUGCCAUGUACACCUAUGGCCAGCCUGUUCCUGGCACAGCAGAGGUGGAGCUCUGUAGGCCACUGGAACGACACCACUAUGUCCCCAAGCUCAUUACUCCAGACAACCCUGAAGGGGUUCCAGAGUUCACAGCUCCCUGCCACAAAGAGACCCUACAGUUUGACAAGACCGGCUGUGCCUCUUUGGUCUUCAAUAUGGCAAUCUUUACCAAGGCAGGCGAGAAGCUAGUGGCUCAACACCUCCUGCUCAGCGUCAAGGCAGAGGAGGAGGGAACAGGUGUGUCACAAUUCCAAAACAAACGCAUAAACCUCUCCAAUGUGAUAGGAAGGUACUCGUUUAUUGAAACACCAAAGAUUUAUGAGCAUGGAACAAUUGUGAAGGGGAAGGUUAAAGUGGUCCACUUCAACAACACACCAAUGGCUGACCAGGCCGUCUACCUUUAUGAGGGCCAGGGUUGGUCACCAAGACUCCUACACAACUUGACUACUGACAGAGAUGGCAUCGCGUUGUUCACACUCAACACUACUAACAGUCCCAAAGAGGAUAUUAGACUGAUUGCAAAUGCCAAACCACAGGGUGAGUUCAAUACAUACAGGAGUCCUUAUUUUGAGAACGGAGAGCACACAUUGUCUGUUAUCCGACCCAUCCCUGCGGAGAGUAAAACAAUCAGCUUUCUGGACAUCCAGAAGAAAGACGAUCCUCUGCCUUGUGGGGAAGAAGAGCAGAUCAAAGUGCAGUACACCGUGGUUGGUGAGACGGUCGCAGGGGGCUCUUUGGAUCUCAUGUACCUCGUUUUAGCAAGGGGGGCUAUCAUCCAGCAGGGAGUCAUGAAGGCAAAAGUGCAGAACGGUCCUGUGUCUGAUGGAGAGGUGACCUUCAAGAUGGCCGUCUCUCCAGACAUGGCUCCCUUGGUCCAGGUGCUAGUCUACGCUGUGCUGCCCAGCGAGUCCGUCAUUGCUAACAGCAUUGACUUUCCCACCCAGAAGUGCUUCAAUAACAAGGUGUCGCUCCAGUUCUCUCCGUCCAGAGCAGUCCCAGGAGAGGAGAGCAGCCUUCAGCUGUCAGCCCAGCCAGGCUCCCUGUGUGGCCUCAGUGCUGUGGACCAGAGUGUCCUCAUCAUGGAGCCUGAAGGGAGGCUGAACGUUGACAAGAUAUUCCAGAUGCUGCCUUUCACCAAGGCAGAGGCCGUUUCUUAUGAGCUGGAGGACCAGACUGGCUGUCUGCAUGUGCGACCCAAGAGAUAUGUUUACCCCGGCUAUAGAGAACGGGAGGAGGACGCUUAUUCUGUGUUUCAGAAAUUGGGGUUGAAGAUGGCAACUAAUUUGAUCAUGAGAUUACCGCUCUGCCUUAAAUUCAAAGGAAGGGAUUAUCAUCGCGGUUAUGUGGUGUCCUACAGACAAAACACUCAUCUUCAGCGUGGCAUGCCUAUGGCAAGUCCAGGAAGAAGUGUAGUUGUUCCAAUGGGUGCUGCUGCUACACCUCCUCCCAUUCAGACUGUACGCACCUUCUUCCCUGAGACGUGGAUCUGGGACCUGGUGGAGGUGGGGGCGUCUGGCUCAGAAGACAUAGCCCUCACUGUCCCAGACACCAUUACUACAUGGGAGACAGAGGUGUUCUGCCUGUCCUCGGAGGGUUUGGGACUGGCUCCCCCGCUGGAGCUCAAUGUCUUCCAGCCCUUCUUCCUGGAGCUCAGCCUGCCCUACUCUAUCAUCCGGGGAGAGCUGUUAGAGCUGACGGCCACUGUCUUCAACUACCUGCCCAGCUGCAUCAUGGUCUCUGUGAACCCAGCUCCCUCCCUAGACUACACUCUGACCCCCAUCCCUGGUGUCGAGUACUCCUCCUGUUUGUGUGCAAACGGACGCAAUACCUUCAGAUGGACUAUGACCCCCUUAGUCCUGGGGGCUUUGAAUGUGUCUGUGAGUGCGGAGGCUGUAGCGUCUCACGCUAGCUGCGACAAUGAGAUUGUGAGUGUACCGGAGAGAGGUCGCAUCGAUGUGGUGACUCGCAGCCUCCUGGUGAAGGCUGAAGGAACUGAGCAGACAAACACCUACAACUGGUUGCUGUGUCCAGCAGGAGAAUCUUUGAAAGAGGAGGUGGACAUCAAGCUCCCCGAGGAGGUCAUUGAUGGAUCUGCCAGAGCUUCCCUCUCAGUCUUGGGAGACAUUCUGGGCCGUGCCAUGCAGAACCUGGAUGGACUGCUGAGAAUGCCCUAUGGCUGUGGGGAGCAGAACAUGGCUCUUCUGGCUCCCAACAUCUACAUCUUGGAGUACCUGAGGAACACCGAGCAGCUCACGACAGCCAUCCUGGACAAGGCCAAGGGCUUCCUUACCAGCGGUUACCAACGACAGCUGAACUACAAGCAUUAUGACGGAGCGUACAGCACAUUUGGGCAAGGUGCUGGGAACACAUGGCUGACAGCUUUUGUCUUGAGAGCCUUUGGCAGGGCCAAGUCUUUCAUCUAUAUUGAUCCCCAAGUUAUUGAGAUAUCGAAGCUGUGGUUGGAAAAUCGUCAAGAACCCGACGGCAGUUUCAUGCAGAUGGGAAAACUUUUUAACAACAGAAUGAAGGGAGGAGUAAGUGAUGAGGUCACUUUCACUGCCUACGUCACUGCUUCAUUGCUGGAGCUCAACAACUCAGUGUCGGAUCCUUUUGUGGCCAAGAGUCUGUCCUACCUGAGGAAGAGAAGCACGGAUGUGAGCAACACCUACACUACUGCUCUGCUGGCCUACACCUUCAGUCUGGCUGGAGACAUGGAGACAAGGAGUCGGCUUUUGCAGCACCUGGACAAGGUGGCUUCCCACCAAGGGGGCUUUCUCUACUGGUCCCAGUCCUCCUCCACCACCUCUGCCUCUCUGUCGGUGGAGAUCAGCUCCUAUGUACUGCUGGCCUCCCUCAGCUCCCCCUCUGUAUCUACAGCAGACCUGGGCUAUGCCUCACGCAUUGUCAGGUGGUUGGUACGCCAGCAGAACCCCUAUGGAGGCUUCGCUUCCACACAGGACACAGUGGUGGCACUGCAGGCCCUGGCUCUCUACUCUACCAAGGUGUUCAGUCCAGAGGGCUCCAGCUCAGUGUCAGUGCAGUCUCCUGGAGGAGAGGUGCAGGUCUUUGACAUCAACCAGAACAACAAGCUGCUCUACCAGGAGAAGGCGCUGCCGGCCCUGGCAGGACAGUACAGCAUUGAGGUGAAGGGCACUGCUUGUGCUACGGUGCAGGUGGCUGUGCACUACAAUGUCCCCACCCCCACUGACAACUCGACACUCAAAAUCCAGGUGAUCCCUGAAAUAGACUGCAGCAGCAACGCUCUGAGGCCCCGACUCUCCCUGAAGCUCCAGUCCCUAUAUAGUGGCAAGGAGCAAACAACAAAUAUGGUCAUAGUGGAUCUCAAAAUGCUCUCUGGUUUUGUCCCGGAUCCACAGUCUUUGACCGAGCUGAAGACGGCUCUUCUGGUGGAUCGUGUUGAGACCAAAGAUGACCAUGUGCUCAUGUAUCUCAGAGAGUUGAUUUCAGGAGCUCCCAUUAACCACUCACUGGACAUCAUCCAGGAACUUCCAGUACAGAAGCUGAAACCAGCUGUGGUCCAGAUCUAUGAUUAUUAUCAGCCAAGUGACCAGGCUGAGACAGAGUACAUCUACCCCUGUGCAGCAGAUGUGUGAAGAGGAGAUUUAGUAAGGACAGUGAUCCUUCAGACAUGUCUCAAUCCCAGUUGGGCUCGAACUGGUACAUGGAAGAAUGUAUUAAACAAAGGAUACAAUAUUAUAUAACAAAAUGAUGUUGUAAUAAUACCAUGCAGUACAAUAAAUGUGUUAUUCUCCAGUU